AAAAAAUCACCACAAAACAAGAUUUAUCCUUAUCUGGGAAGAGUGCACGUUUUUAAGGAGACACAAACGCAUGGGUGUAUAACUGAAUAUUUUAGUAGAGAGUUGAAAACAUGUUGAAAGAAAGUGAAAACGCGUUGAAACUCAGACAAAGCAACUACCAAACAACAGAUUCUCAAUUCAAAACCCUUUUGCCUUUGUGAAUUUUCCAUCGAAUUCGGUAUGCCCUUUUCCCCCCCUGCGUUUUCUUUCAAAAUUCAGCAUUUUCUUGAUAUAUCUCUGCUUUGUGAAUUGUAAACAUGAAAAUUGAUUUGAGUUGGUUUCUGCUGCUGAUGAUAAUCUUGCUCUACACUUCAAAAUUGGGGGUGUUCGCUUUGAACAUAGAAGGUACAACUCUGUUAUCACUAGUUAGGCAUUGGAAAGUAGUACCUUCAUCCAUCAAAUCUAGCUGGAACUCUUCCCAUUCCACACCAUGUUCAUGGCUUGGUGUGCAUUGUAACCACCACAGCUUAGUCGAUCGUUUGAACUUGUUCAACCUCGGUAUAUCCGGUCAAUUAGGACCAGAAAUCGCCUAUCUAAAACACUUGAAAUCGAUCAAUUUAAGCCAGAACACUUUUUCGGGUUCGAUUCCGUUAGGGUUAGGAAACUGUAGUCUCCUCGAGUCUUUAGAGCUUUCCGAAAACAACUUUUCGGGGGUGAUUCCGGAGAGUCUCGGGUUUUUAUCGAGGUUGCUGAGUUUAAGCCUGUGGUCGAAUUCUCUUAGUGGCGAAAUCCCCGAUUCCUUAUUUCGAAUUCCUCACUUGAGGGAAAUUUACCUCUUUAACAACAUGCUUAGUGGCUCGAUUCCUUUACCUAUCGGAAAUUUGAGUGAGCUUACGUUUCUCUAUUUGAACAACAAUCAGUUAUCUGGAACUAUCCCUUCUUCCGUAGGAAAUUGCAGUGAAUUGCAAGAGCUCUACCUCAACGAUAACUUACUCGAAGGUGAAUUGCCUUAUAGCUUAAACAAUCUCGUGCGUCUUACGAGUUUGUACAUAGAGAAUAACAAUUUGGAGGGUCGAAUUCCGUUGGAUUUUGGUAACUAUAAGGAGUUGCAACUUCUUGUUUUAUCGAACAACCGGUUCGUCGGAGGUGUUCCGCGUGGUUUGGGAAACUGCAGUAAGUUAACGAAUCUUUCUGCUGUUAAUUGUGGCUUAAGUGGGCGUAUUCCUUCUUCGUUAGGACAACUCACCGAGCUGACACUUCUUUACCUGUCUGAUAAUCACUUGUCUGGACCAAUCCCACGUGAGCUCGGUAAUUGCAAAGCUUUAACCGAUUUGCAGGUUUACGGAAACCAUUUGGAGGGUGUGAUUCCAAGUGAAUUAGGUAUGCUCGAUCAUUUGCAGACGCUCAUGCUUUUCACCAACAAUUUGAGCGGCGAAAUUCCGAAGAGCAUAUUUUCGAUCCAAACCCUUCAACAUUUUUUGGUUUACGGGAAUAAUCUUGGUGGUGAAAUACCUAAAGAAAUCACCGAGCUUAAGCAGUUGAGGAAUAUUUCGUUGUUCGAUAAUCGAUUUACUGGAAAUAUACCUCAAGGCUUGGGCUUAAAUAGUAGCCUAAUGUUGGUGGACUUCACCAGAAAUAAGUUCACUGGUCCGAUUCCACCGAAUCUUUGCUUCAAGAAGAAAUUGAGAAAGCUUCUCUUGGGUCAAAAUCAUUUCCGAGGAAUCAUUCCUUCCGAUAUCGGAAGUUGCUUUAGUUUGACUAGAUUGAUUCUCAAACAGAAUAAUCUCACAGGCGAACUUCCAGAUUUUGUCGAAAAAUCGAACCUUCUUUUCGUGGACCUUAGCAACAAUAGCUUGAGUGGAUCGAUUCCCUCGAGUUUAAGGAAUCUUGCUAAGGUUACCUCUAUAGACUUAUCUCUCAAUAAUCUGACUGGUAAUAUACCUACUGAGAUAGGAAAUCUUUUGGAUCUCGAGCAUUUAAAUCUGUCUCACAAUAGUCUAGAAGGCGUGCUGCCAUUAGAGUUAUCGAGCUGUCGAAAAUUGUCGAGAUUUGAUGCGAGUUACAAUGUAUUAAAUGGAACAAUUCCUUCCAAUUUAAGAAACUUGGUCGAAUUGUCAAGUUUGGAUCUUAGUAAAAAUCGUAUCGGUGGGUCCAUUCCUACUUCGUUAUUUCAAAUGGGGAAGCUUUCGUUUCUGCACCUCGGUGAAAAUCAGUUGGAAGGGAAUAUUCCUCCUUCGAUAGGACUCGAAUUUGAAACUCAGAGCCUAAGAUCGUUGAAUUUUAGCAGUAACAGAUUAACGGGUUCUGUUCCGAAAGAAUUAGGAAAGUUGAAAAUGCUGGAGCAAUUAGAUAUCUGCUGCAAUAAUCUCUCCGGGAAUUUGGAAGUCAUUGGUCAACUCCAUUCUUUAACCGAAGUCAAUGUUUCGUACAAUUCUUUCGCCGGCCCAAUUCCAAGUCCACUGGUUAAAUUCGUAAUUUCGUCUCCCUCGUCAUUUAUUGGAAAUUCAGACAUAUGCAUCGAUUGUCGAGUAGAAAGUGGAGUGAGCUGUCAGGGCUAUAACAACAACAACACCUUCAAAUCGUGCAAUACGCCACCAAGAAAACGAGGUCUGAGGCAAGUCGAUAUUGCAAUGAUAGUUUCCGGAACAUUCCUUUUCGCGUUGAUUCUUCUUCUUGGGGUUUCUUAUGUGUUGUUAAGGCACAAAGGGCAUGAACGGAACCUUCUAGUAUCUUCCGAAGAAGGUGCUUCUUCUCUCCUCAAUCAAGUUACGGAAGCUACCGAGAAUCUGAACGAUAAGUAUAUUAUUGGCAGAGGAGCGCACGGAGUUGUAUACAAGGUUACGUUGGGUCCCACCAAAGUAUAUGCUUUGAAGAAGAUUGGUUAUGUUGGAUCUAAAGGAGGAAACAAGAGUAUGGUAAGAGAAAUACAGACGAUCGGAAAAGUCAGACAUCGUAAUCUUGUAAGAAUGGAGGACUUUUGGCUGAGAAAGGACUUCGGUUUGAUUUUGUACGGUUACAUGAAAAACGGAAGCCUUUAUGAUGUUCUACACGGGGCAGAUUCUUCACAACCGUUGGAGUGGGAAGUUCGGUGUAAGAUAGCGCUUGGAACUGCUCAGGGGCUAUCGUAUCUCCAUUUCGACUGCGAUCCUGCUAUCGUGCACCGUGAUAUCAAGCCGAUGAAUAUUUUGCUGGACUCAGAUUUGGAGCCUCACAUCUCGGAUUUUGGCAUUGCGAAGCUCUUGGAGGAAUCGGUUGCUUCAAUGACAUCGAGUAAAAUUCAGGGCACUAUCGGGUACAUGGCUCCAGAAAAUGCAUUCUCCACGAGAAGUAGUAAGGCGUGUGAUGUAUAUGCUUACGGGGUAGUUUUGUUGGAACUGAUCACGAGAAAGAAAGCUUUGGACCCGUCUUUUGGCGGAGAAGUUGAUAUUGUUGGGUGGGCGAAGUCUACGUGGAACAAAAACGAAGAUAAAAUCGAAAAAAUCGUGGAUUUGGAAUUGGUGGAUGAAUUUGUAGAUUCAAGAGUGAAGGAGCAAGUGAGAGAAGUGUUGUUAAUAGCUUUGAGUUGCACUGAAAAGGAGGCUAUCAGAAGACCAUCUAUGAGAUAUGUUGUGAAGCAACUGUUGCUACUCAAUGAUUUCAGGAGUCCAAGCAAACAUGCACUCACUUGAUAUUUUAAUUCAUAUUUAAAUAUGUUUUGUAGUUAAAUAGUUUUUUUUUUUUGGAAACAAUCUAUAAAAUAUUUGCCUUCGAAUUUCCAAUUUAAU